AUGGCCUCUCUUUUCUCCAUUUCAACUUUCCAAAUCCCAACUUCCACUACUAGUCCCAAACUUGCUCCACCGAGCGGGGUAAGGCUGCGUACAUCACACUCUGUUUCCGCGGUUUCAUCAACCGCGAAUGCGGGUAGGAGCGGGUAUUAUAACACGUACAUUGAUCAAUCAAUGUCGACCAAUGCAUCAUUAUACGAAGUUCUAGGAAUUCAAAUGGGAGCUUCACGUCACGAGAUCAAAUCAGCGUACAGGAGUCUAGCCCGAGUAAUGCACCCUGAUGUUGCAUCAUCCAGCGGACGAGGUGACUCGUCCGCUGAGGCUUUCUUGCGGAUCAGUGCAGCUUAUAAUACUCUGUCUGAUGCGCAGAAGCGCGCCGAGUAUGAUUUACAGAUGUUAAGGACUAGGUCUCCGUGUUAUUCAGCAUCAGCUGUUACUUCAAGGCAUAAAGGCUACACGAGCCAGAGAUCAUGGGAAACUGAUCAGUGUUGGUAG